AUGGGCACCUCUUCAUCAGAGUUUCUCGACACCUAUUGGAAUCAUCUUGACAUAGAAGAUCAAAUAGCAGGCGCAGCCUUGUCAAUGGAUACCGAAAUUCCAUGCUUUGUAUCUGAGUCUAUCAGUAUGGUAUCUGAACCCAGUUCUCAUCUGAGAUUAAAAUGGGUCUCGACCUUAACAUCAGGCAUAUCAACUGUAAUUUUUAUCUAGACUUUAGAAGCGGCAGGCAUCGCUUCUUUAGCCCUUAUUAAAAUGAUAAGAAAUUCAGAACCCCGAAAUAAUGAUGACAGUUCAUCAGACGAGUCAUACGAAGAAGUCGAAACUCCAAGAAUGAAACUUUCCUCAUCAAAAUCUUGUCCAGAGCUUGGAAAAUUCCAUUUAUAA